CAGAACAAGCGUCAUAUGCGUGCCCAUCUCUUAUUUAUAAGCACAAACAAACAACUCCUUAGCUAAUCUUAAAAAUUAUCACCAGUCAACACUUCCACUCAUUUGCAGGUAUCUUCAAAGAACCCAAAGCAGAAUUUGUCUUUUUGACCCUUUGUUUCAGGGUGUGGCAAUAUUGGACGUGGUGAGUGAAGGAGUGAGAAGAUGGGUUAUUGGAAGGCCUCCUGCAGUGUUCUUCUGGUCUGCUUCUUUGCUGGUCUUUGUUCCGUGUAUCAAUGCUCUGCUGCUGAAGUUGAUGCAUAUCAGACAGCAAAAUUGAUCGUUAAUGCCUCCAGUGGUCGGCCUAUUCCUGAAACACUCUUUGGAAUUUUCUUCGAGGAGAUAAACCAUGCCGGAGCUGGUGGGAUAUGGGCAGAGCUUGUAAGCAAUCGGGGUUUUGAAGCUGGGGGCCAAAAUACUCCCUCAAAUAUUGCUCCCUGGUCUAUAAUUGGUGAUCAGUCAUCUUUAACUGUAUCUACUGAUCGUUCUUCUUGCUUUGAGCGCAAUAAGGUUGCACUCCGAAUGCAUGUGCUCUGUGACAGCGAGGGCAGUAAUAUUUGCCCAGCUGGCGGAGUUGGAAUAUAUAAUCCAGGGUUUUGGGGCAUGAAUAUUGAACAAGGGAAGAUCUACAAAGUAGUUCUUUAUGUUCGUUCUCUUGGAUCAAUCAAUGUAUCUGUAUCAUUGACGAGCUCAGAUGGGCUGCAGAUAUUGGCAACUGCUAACAUUGUAGAUUCUGAUGUUUCAAACUGGACAAAGACCGAGGUUCUAUUGGAAGCCAAAGGAACAAAUCCUAAUUCAAGGCUUCAGUUGACAACAUCCAGGAAAGGUGUAAUAUGGUUUGAUCAAGUGUCAGCUAUGCCUUUGGACACAUACAAGGGGCAUGGUUUCCAAAAGGAGCUCAUUGAAAUGCUUGAAGAUAUAAAACCCCAAUUUAUCAGAUUUCCUGGUGGAUGCUUCGUUGAAGGUGAAUGGUUGAGAAAUGCAUUUCGCUGGAAGGAAAGCAUUGGACCCUGGGAGGAGAGACCUGGGCAUUUUGGUGAUGUUUGGAUGUAUUGGACUGAUGAUGGACUUGGUUACUUUGAGUUUCUUCAACUAUCUGAAGAUCUUGGUGCACGGCCUAUAUGGGUGUUCAACAAUGGAAUCAGCCAUCGGGAUGAAGUUGAUACCACCACUGUCUCACCUUUUGUACAAGAAGCCCUUGAUGGUCUUGAGUUUGCUAGAGGCGCUUCUGAUUCUAAAUGGGGUUCUGUAAGAGCAGCAAUGGGGCAUCCAGAGCCGUUUGACUUGAAAUAUGUUGCUGUUGGGAACGAGGACUGUUGGAAGAAGAAUUACCGAGGAAAUUAUCUCAAGUUCUACGAUGCUAUAAAAAGUGCCUAUCCCGACAUCAAAAUAAUCUCAAACUGUGAUGGGUCUUCUCAUUCUUUGGAUCAUCCUGCUGAUUACUAUGAUUUUCAUAUUUAUACAUCUGCCAGCCACCUGUUUUCUAUGACUCAUCAAUUUGAUCACACAUCCCGCUCUGGUCCAAAGGCUUUUGUGAGUGAGUAUGCUGUGACUGGAAAAGAUGCUGGCACAGGAAGUCUUUUAGCAGCACUUGCUGAAGCUGGAUUCCUCAUUGGGCUGGAAAAGAACAGUGAUAUUGUGGAGAUGGCAAGCUACGCACCACUUUUCGUGAAUGACAAUGAUAGGAGGUGGAAUCCAGAUGCAAUUGUCUUCAACUCCUCAAUGCACUAUGGAACUCCAAGCUACUGGGUGCAGAAAUUCUUCAGAGAGUCGAGUGGAGCAACUCUGCUUGAUGCUAAACUACAAACAAAUUCCUCUUCACUUGUUGCAUCUGCAAUUACCUGGACAAACUCAGUGGAUGGUGAAACUUACCUGAAAAUAAAGAUUGUGAAUUUUGGGAACAGGCACGUGAGUCUCAAAGUUUCAGUUGAUGGAUUGGGGCUCAACUCACAAUUGUCUGGAUCAACAAAAACUGUGCUCACUUCUUCGAAUGUAAUGGACGAGAAUUCCUUCACGGAUCCAAACAAGGUGGUGCCAGACCUCAGCCUGCUUGAGAAUGCUGACAAAGACAUGAACAUGAUAAUCGCUCCAUAUUCUUUGACUUCACUUGAUUUAUUAACAGAAUCAAACAAUAUCAGGAUGCCACAAACCGAUUCUUCGGCUAGAUCAUCAAUUUAGGAAAUAAUUAAAACAUGAUGUGUAAUCAUACAAUAAUGUUAUAUUAACUAAACACAAUCUAAAAGUUAAGCCUGAUGGCUGACAGUGGAUCUAAGCCAUAACAUCAUGCACAUUGCCUAACCAUCCGUUCUAUCAUAGUCUCGUGAGGAAUAUAUGGUUCUUCAUGUGCAUACCAACAUAUGUAUUUCUCUAUGAAUUUUUUUUUAUAUAUAAAAUAUGCAUUGUUACAACA